AUGGCGGCGCUGCCGGCGGUGCGGCGCCGCGUGGCCUGCGCCCUGGCGAUCCUCGCGGUGUUGGGCUGUUGCCCCCCCGCUUGCGUAACGACUGCGGCCGCUUCUUCGGCCCAAGAAGGUGUAAAUGAGUCGGUCUUGAUUUUGCGCGCGGGCAGUGGAGCAAAGUUAAGUUUGCGCCGUUCUGCGGGGAGUGCCUGGCGGAAGCGCACGUUCAGCGUGAAGGCCCUCUUCGCCUUGAGUGGAACCAUUGGCGGCAGGUAUGGUUUCCUCUGCGCCCGGGCCUGGCCUCAGUACCAGCCCCUCGGCCCCGAUAAUAAACUCAGCCCUGGAUCUUUAGCGGAGGCGCUCUUGCGUUCACGAUAA